CAAUCGAUGCGUCUGCACUGCUCUCACUCACACAAGCCGUACAAAUACAACAACUCUUCAUUUUUCCCCGACACCCUUGCCUCCACAACUAGUACCCGCUGCAUAUUCAUCAGUUGCCUUUACCCGCUACUGGUAGUCUCCGCUACCUGUUUCAUCUCCUAACCUCGUCGACUUUCAUCGAGCAAACAUGGCGGCCAGACAUAGCGUUCUCGCAGUGGUGCUUCUUCUCCUCGCACUCUUCUCUGCUCUCCAUGUCACCGAGGCGAAAAAAAACCGCGGCAGGCAGAAGCUCUCUGCACUCGAUCAAGCCUCGCAGAAUUCCCGAGCCGCGCAGAACAACGUCGCGUACGCGCAGAAACAAGCCGACCAGCUCUCGGCAAAAGCGACGGCCGCCGUUGCCACAGCGACACAGAGGGAGACGGACGAAGCAACGGCUAAGGGCGAUUUCGAAACGAAGCUCGACGCGUUGGCUACAGCCGCCGGCGCGCUCCCCCCGCUCGACUUCGCGCAGCAAAAGGCGGAGCAGUGGGCGGCGCUCGCUACGAAGAAGUACAACGCGGCUGUAGCGCGGCUCGCCCUCGCGAAUAAGUACAAGACGGCUGCUACAGCCCUCUCCGCGCUCGUCGACGCUGCGAUGUCCGCCGCAACAACCGGGCUGACUGCCGCUACGACCGACCUCACCGACGCGAACACCGCCGCGGAUGCCGCCGCUACAGCCGCCGACGCUAACCCGACGUCCGCGCUUCGCGCCGCGGCAGCCGCGAAGUAUGUCGAAGUGGCGAUCGCGCAGUCAAUCAAAUCCGCGUGGGAGGAUCACUCCGCUAUAGUCACCAACCUGCAGACGGCCGCUCAGGCCGUUGUGACUGCAGCGGACGCCGAAGUAACCGCGGCCACGUCGGACGAAGCGUCCACCAAGACCGAUAAAGACACUGCCGACUCGGACUUAACCGCCGCGAAUACCGCUCUCGCCACGGCGCAGCAGGACUACGAUUCCGCAAAGACGGACUACGACAACUCGAAGCGCCUCUACGAAACGGCUAGGUCGUACACGACCGCGUCGCGUGCGGACGAGCUGGACCUUCUGGCGCGGAACCGCGCCGCGCAGAUGAAGCUUCUCGCGCAGUCCGUCGCGAGCGCCAAGGCGUCGCGCACGCUCGUGUCGGCGAUCACGAGCGACACGAAGAACAACCGCGCGCCGUGGCAGCAGAACGCGGCGCAGAUGGCAGCGGCUAACCCGGACGCGCUCAGGGCAAUGGGCGAGAUACUCGCGUCCAGCAGGGCCCCAUAUUUGAGCGGAGGAGCGGUUUGAGCGGUUUGAAGUAGGGAGCCGAAGUAAGGAGCCAUUGCCGCCACUAACUGUGCAGACAUCAGGCAAGACAGACUAACACAGUGGUUCUCAUGCCACUGCCAGCGGUUGUCUACUGAAGCGCCACAAUUCUGACAAGGUAUUUACCUGCUGACAAUGUCUGUCUCUGCACCUUUUUUGGGCCCAGGUGCCUGGGUGUGGUUGGUUGGUUGGGUUUUGAUUAGGUCGUGCUGAGUGUGGAUGGCUGGGUUUACUUGGGUUUAGGUGGGUUUGGGUGGGUUUGGGUGGUUGGGCAUUAGAGGCCAUAAGUCCCCCCACAACCCCAAUCCUGUCAGGGGCUGGCACUACUGGUACCUUGAUGGUGUAUGCCUAUGUGUUGAGUGCACAUAAUGAAUGGAUUAUUAGUUC